AUGAGCGCACCCGUCAAAGAACGCCCGUCUACAGCGGGGCGUAUUACGCUGGGUGUGGGCAUUGUUUUGUUUUUACACGCAGCGUUUUCGACCUAUGAAUUCCUGUCGCAAGGCAAGAGCUUGGAUCUAGGUACAGGUUCGACAAAGUACGAGAGCGCAAUCCCUAGUGAUAUGAUGGCCGAGUUGUUGAUCUCGUUUGCUGUGUUAGUCGUCGGUUGUGCUAUGACAACACCUGCCUUGCGUCCCAUCUCGUGGUCUACGCGGAUGCGUGAGACCUCGAUUGAUCGUGUGGAUGGGCGGUCUAGUUUCGCCAACGUCCGGCAUCGUGGUGCCCAUCUAUUUGGCACCCGCACGUAA